GGGUGGCAGUUAUGGAGUGUGUGGUGGGAUCAGCCGGUCGCCCAAAGAAACGGAUGGAGACCGUAAAAGAUUUAUACUACAUUUACCUAUGCAUCUUUUUUUUAGAAAGAAUACCAGCGACCUGAAUAUUUUUCAUUUUUGUUCCAGUACUCGAGAUCAGCGACGCAUCGCCAAGUGUUCAAGAGACACGUCUGGCCGUUACACGAUCACAAGGAAGGCUGGGAUCACGCCAGAGCGGAGAAGAUGGCAUACUUCGCCUGGACAGGAAGCGUGGAAGCUACGUGCGAUAUUGUCAAACUCGACGACGAAUAUUACAAACACAAUGUCGCCUUUGGAGUUCAGAAGCAUUCGCCAUAUAAGCAAUUCUUCGAUUACCACCUGUUUCGCCUCAUAGAAAGCGGCCUGCUGAAACACACUGCCGACCGAGAGCUAUCCAAGAGGGAAUCGUGUGAUGACCGGGAGAUGAAGGGUCUCGGUCUGCCCAGCGUGGUGUCGGCGCUGGCGCUACUGGCUGGCGGACACCUGCUGAGCCUGCUGGUACUGGUUGCUGAGCUGCUCUGGUGCUGGCGAGCUGCGAUCAGCAGACACCGACCGCUCAGAGCAACUACACGCCGUCCAACAAAACCGCCCAGAGUCCACCACAGCUCAGCAAUCGUCGUUCGGGACAAUAGCAUUGCUAUCUCUUGGAAAUUGGUAUCGAAGAACUGAGUGCCCACUGUGAUCUAAAUUCUAAAUGUGUCGCCAUGUUGAACCUUGUUUGCUUCGUUUAUGAGUUCUGUUUCGCACUGGCCAUGAUCGACGAAUGAUCAAACGUAGGUACACCA